GUCAAACAGUGAUGAACGUAUAGGCAUGUCUGCCUCAACUCAUUUACACAACAAUGGAGUUUCUUCAACAUAUCUUUAGAAGGAAUAAUCAUGUUAAAGGUUUUUCCUCUUUGUAUCAAUUACUGAAUAGUGGAGUAGUGUCAAUUGUAGGAAAAUUAAACUGUAGGAACUGAAACUGAAGAAGAUUGUGAAAUUGUAUUGGAUUAUUACAAGUACCGGUAGUCCUGAUUCUGUAGGCUACCUUUGAUACUUUCUAUGAAGCAGUGAAUAAAGCCGUAGCCUAGUAUCAAGUGUUAGAGAAGAAAAUUAAAGGAACCCUGAAAGAGGGUGUAUUGGAUUAUUACAAGCAGUCCUGAAUCUAUAGGCUAAGAAUUAGUGUGAAGCAGUGAAUAAGGCCUAUCCUUCAUCUGAUGAUUAAUUGGAUCAAUUGUUUGGAUUAAGAGUUUCUUUAGUAAAGGAUCAAUUAAAUGAUGAGUGAGUGAUAUAAUUAAUAAUGAAUCACUGAUACUGGUGUAGAAAUAUGGGUAGCAGCUCAUCCAUACAAAUAGUGAUGGUUGGUUUAGACCUAACUGGUAAAACCACCAUAUUAUAUCGUAUGAAAUUCGGACAGUAUAUGAACGCCAUUCCAACAGUGGGCUUCAACUGUGAGAAAAUCGAAGGAAAAGUUGGAAAGUUAAAAGGUGUUUCGUUCACGAUAUGGGAUAUAGGUGGUAAGGAUAACAUGAGACCAUUGUGGAAAUCGUAUUUACGAUCAGCUGAUGGGAUUAUAUUUGUUGUGGACAGUAGUGAUAAGGAGCGAAUGGAAGAGACUCGGAUCGAAUUAUAUAAAUUUGUGAAAUCACAUAACACCUUAAAGUUACCGACUUUAGUGAUAGCUAACAAACAAGACUUGCAAGAGGCAUUAGAUCCAGAUGAAAUUGCUAAAAUGUUAUCGAUUCAGGAUUUAACAAUGACCCAACCGUGCCACUUUUUACCAGCGUGUGCAGUGACAGGAGAAGGGUUGACCGAAGCUAUGGACAUAAUGUAUGAAAUGAUAAAAAAGUGGAAGAAAAGUAAACAUGCAAAAGUUGCGAGGUGAUAUUAAUAUUGUGUAUCUGUGAUCUCUAUAGGAUAUUAUGUACUCAAUCUGAUUAAAGUACAGAUCUAAAUAUGUUUG